AUGACAACAAGUUCCGCACGACAGACGCACAGUGGCAUUUCAAAGUCUGCAUUUAGUGGACGAAGACAGCAGCCUCCUGCGCCACUAAGGACUCACAGUGCAACCGACACAAUUAUCCCGGAGCAACUAUGGGAAGCGCAAGUUGCUCAUACCCGGCACAAAUCAUCAUCUCUGGCAUCUGGAGUCUCGAGAGCCAACCCUAGAUAUGCGCGACGGGCGAGCGAACAACCCGCUGAAGCACAACGUCCCGGGCAGAAGUCGCAUCGCGCACCGGACAGCAUCCCAGAGAACACAGCCCUCGAUGUGCCUGGAGCCUAUGGCGUCUUUUCGCCACCACUCACGCCAAUACAGAGUCGUAACAGUUGCGACUCCUCGAAAUCUUCAGAUUCCGAGACAGCCAACCAGAUCGCCGAGUAUGACUUCUCCAAGCUGGACUACGAGCUAGAUCGUGCAAAGGUCAUAGGCACAGGUCUGUGGAGUACUGUCUACCUCGCGGAUGGAAAAGCAUCGCCACGUCUUGCUACCGGACGCAGCCCUCCUUCCCCGCCAACGACACCAGAUACCAAACGGCAUCUAGGUCCAUCCAGUCUGUUUGCAGUCAAGACCCCAGCCCGUGCUGACGCCAAGGAUGUCUUCCGACAAGAAGCUAAAGUCUUGACACAUCUCGUUGAGGAUCUGAGUGCGAGUCAAUUCAUCGUACCGUUCCGUGGUCUCGACACGCGCAACUGUGCCUUGGUGUUCGAUGCUGUGAUCGGAGGAUCGUUGGAGACCCUCAAUAGUCGUCUCCAGCAGAUGACUGAAAUUGGUCGUCACUUGGAGCUUGUCAAUAUAUUUCCAGGGCUCGCAGACGAUCUGAUCAGUGGGCUGGAGUUCAUGCACAGGGCAGGCGUCGUGCAUGCAGACAUCAAACCGGCGAAUAUACUCCUGGACAUCUCAGACCACUACAGUCUACCAAGACCGGUGAUUAGAGCUCGCUACAUCGACUUCUCGGCAUCCUUCCGCAUCGACUCAGACGACUCUACGGCAAAUGCAGGAGGCACAUGGGACUACAUGGCGCCUGAACAGCUACGUCUCCAGAAGGAACUUAAAGUCCCAACUUUUGCAAGCGAUAUCUGGAGUCUGGGUGUUACUCUUCUUACCUUGAUCGUUGGUGGAUCACCAUACACCGAUGCUUGUGGAAACAACCCCUUCAUGCUUCGCGAAGCCAUCAAGACUGGUGAUCCCUUGAGCUUUGCACGCAUGAAUCCAAAGGCACGGAAGCGCUUAGCUGCUUGCCAAGAUUACAUUGAUUGCUGUCGACAAGCCCUGAAGAAGGAUCGCGAGCGUAGACUCACGGCUGCGGCAUGGAAACAGUGGCUCAUCAGCCAAGAGUUUGCGAUGUAG